AUGCCAAUCGCCAACGGCCUCGUCCCGAACGUCCCCGACGAGCCCACCAACAUCGAGUGGAACCAGACGGCGAUCGUCCACACUGCCACGAUCGAUGUUUUCCUGGCCGCGUGGCCGACGCGUGGCUGCCGCCACGUGGCUGCCCUCUGGGCAGCUCCUGCAGCCCUCACGCUGCUGAACAGCCGCGAGCACGGCCGGACGCACAGUGACCGGAGCCGCUUGGCAGCAGGAGUGAAAGUAUACCGCCGUUGGGCCUCCGCAGCGCCGCAGCAACGGCUGGUGGUGGUUGGUGGCGACUUGAACUUCGACGGCGGCGCCCACUUGUCUUAUGAGGCGCUGAUCAAGACGCUGGAAACAGACGACGCGACCGCGGGGGCGAUGGACAGCUCUGUGGUCAUGGCCCUGCGCUUCAGCAUCGCCACCGUCGCGAUGGGGGCCUUCGUCGUGGGGGGCCGGCUCUUGCAGGACAGCACCACCGGCAGCACCACGGAUGGCACGAGGGCCGCAGCAGCUGCGCGGCCGACGGCGGACAGCGGCGCGUUCGUGGUUGGGGCCGCCGAGCUGGCCGUCUGGCUGUACCUCGGUUUUAUGACCCAGGCGGUCGGCCUGCAGUUCACGCAGGCGUCGUCGGGAGCCCUCUUGGGAAGCCUCACCGUCGUCGUGGUGCCCUUGCUGUCUAUGCUCGACGGCAAGAAGAUCGGCAUUGCCUCCUGGGCAUCCGUGGGUCUGGCCGUGCUGGGCAUUGUGCUCUUCGUGGGCCCCGGCGCGCUCGAGGUCUCUGAAGCUCUGGGCGUCAAAAGGCAGUGCCAGGACAGGCCCUGCAAGUUCGACGCCAUUUUGGCAAGCGAAGUCGAGUCCUUCGAGCACGAGGCCGCAGAAAAUUUCGCCAAGUCCGCUGCAGCAGGUGAAUUGUAUCUUCUGAAGAUGGAGGAGCACCAAUCCUUCAAUGCAUUGGAGGACCUCAAGACGUCAUCCAGGCUUCAGAAGCCAGACCAGUUGACAGGCAGUCACGCCAAGGUCCUUCUGGGCACGUUAGAGGCCUGA